AUGCUAUUGCUAAUUUUCAAUCGGAUUGCGAGUUCAUGCUUUGCAACACCAUGGUGCUCGAAGCAGGCAUCACAGCAGAGAGCCCAAGGAUAUACUGAUCCUGCUUUUUCUUCACAGUCUUCAUUAUCGUCUUGCUCACUUCCUUCAUUUCAAUCUUCCCUGACUUCAGUGUAUUCCAUCUCAGAUGACAGCGCUCUAACUUCUGGGCUAGACCACUUCCCCGAAAACUUCAUGGGUCUAGCCUCACCUAAGGAAGAAGGAUCGCCGCCUGCAAAACGCAGGGCGGAAAUUUCUGAAUGUGCAGAACAUAGAGCAGCCAAACAAGUAACUGACAAGAAAGUUAGAAGAAAGAAGGAGUCUCUUACACAAAGAGUUGUAAGCAUACGACACAAGAAAGAAGGAAUCAAUAAAGAUGCAAGCAAUGGAAGUGCAGUAUCCACCUGUAGAUACAUGCUGCGCGGUCGUUCGAAGAUAAAUGGAGAAAGUAGUACCGCCGGACAUCGUUAA